ACGGCCCAUGCGUGUGCAUGAUCUCUGCACCGAGCGGGCGCAGAAAGCGCCCCCGCUCCGCCGCCUCCAUCUUCCAGGGCAGCAGGACCUCACCGCACGGUCGCGACAGUGAACGGCGGGGCAGCGGCUCCGACGGCACCUACCAGACCCAGAGAGCCCUGGAUGACUGCAAGAUGCUUGUCCAGGAGUUCAAUACCCAGGUGGCCCUAUAUCGGGAGCUGGUCAUAUCUAUUGGGGAUGUCUCAGUCACCUGUCCAUCUCUGCAUGCAGAAAUGCACAAAACUCGAACCCGAGGAUGUGAGAUGGCCUAUCAGGCUCAUCAAAAACUAUCAGCAAUUUCUGGCCCGGAAGAUGGUGAAAUUCAUCCUGAAAUCUGUAGACUAUACAUCCAGUUACAGUGUUGCUUAGAAAUGUACACAACAGAAAUGCUAAAGUCCAUAUGUCUGCUAGGAUCACUGCAGUUUCAUCGGAAAGGAAAAGAAUCUGGUGCCUCGGCCAAGAUCCUAGAUACUAAAGUGGAGGAGAGUUCCGAAGUACCUUUUUUAGAAGACACAUCAUCAUCACCAACGGAUAUUCAACAGCAUUUAUGGCAGGUUUCCACAGAUAUUGAACACACUGAAAGAGAUAUUAGAGAAAUGAAAAACCUUUUAAGUAAACUCAGGGAGACUAUGCCUUUACCACUGAAAAAUCAAGAUGAUAGCAGCCUCCUAAACUUGACUCCGUAUCCAUUGGUAAGAAGACGGAAGAGGAGAUUCUUUGGAUUGUGCUGUCUUGUCUCAAGUUAGAAGAUUAAGCCAAAAGCACCAAGAAAAUCAUUCAUAACUUUGAUUAAACCACUAUUAUUUGACCACUGAAAAGGUGAACAUUGCUACUCUUAAUUAUAAAGUACAUUUUCUACACUAGCCUAUUCCUUUUUCUCUUCUCCAUCCCCCUUUUCAAAAAAGGGUUUUAAUAAUUUAAGUUGUGGUGGUCAUAAACCAGCUGAGGAAUAGAUCUAGCAUAACUAAGAAUGCUUUUAAAACUUUUUAAAGUAUGUUUUGCAUGCUUACUUUCAACCACUCAAAGACAUGUGAAUUAUAGUUAAUAGAUAACUUUAAAGGGGAUUUUUAUUGUUCAAACUGCAGCUAAAAGUUUGUGCAUAGUAUAAUACUCAUAUUAGUAUCAUAUUAAAAUACUUGAUCAUAUCCUAACAGUCUUUAAGCAUAGAAAGCUAUUUAACAGUAUUAAAUGAAGUAUUAAAGUUCUAAAACAUUUAAACAAUAUUGUAACAGAAUUUGAACAAAAACCACAGUUGCUUUUUUGUGCUCUUAUUCAUAUUUAGUCUUCCACUAUAUCUCAAUUUAAAAACUUCAUAGAAAAAUACCUUAAUUUAUGAUACACAAACCAUAUACAAAAAUACUUAGAACUUGUAAAUACAGAGAAAUCAUAAUACAUACAUACUGCACAAUGCAUAAAAGCAACAGAUUUCCUUUUAAGCUGAUAGUAUCUCUACAAGAUUUUUGUGGGAGCAGAAAUAAAUAAUUUAUUAAAAGAAGAGUAUUUAAAAGAAACCCAAAACAAUGUAAAACACAACACCAACCCAUUUUGUUUCCAAUAGAAUUCAAAGCAUGGUGUCUGCAUCUAAGUACUAAUUCAUAUAGGGCAUGCCAGAAUUAUCUGAGACUGUAAUAUAUUAAAUGUUUUACAUUGUUAAUAAAGUUUUUUUAUUUAACUUAAA